AUGGUUUCAGCUAAGGAUGGAAGUGAAAACUCGAAGUAUAUUAUAACAUGGCUGCUUGUGGGUUCAUUGCUCAGUGUACAAUUUAUUCAGAUUCAUGGACAGGAAGGUACUGGAGACCAUUCAGGUGACAAUUACUCACAGGAAGAGAUAUAUUCAGAAGAAUAUGAAAGAGGUCCUUACAAUGGAUACCCUUCAGGAGAUGACUAUUUGAUUACUGCAACAGAUGUUCCAUCUAAUGAAGUUACAUUUUCUGGCUACUACCCAGAUACUCAGCUUGUAACAGAAGAAUCAGAUCCUUAUCCUUCUCCGACAGAGUCAUAUUUUGCAGCAAGAGAUGUUACUACAAUUACAACAAGGCUUCCAUACUACCGCCAGACUACACCAAGCCCAAAUGAAGAUAUUCUAUCAGCACCUGAUGUUUCCUUCCAGGAUGAAGCAACAAACUUGAUAGAAGAGUUUCGUGUGGGCAGCAUAUCUGGAGUCCGGAUAGUAACAGGAACACAAAACAAUCUGAAGGCAUAUCAGCUUGGGACAAGAGCACAUGUAACAAGGCAAUCCAGGUUGUUAUUCCCAUAUGGAGUGCCGCAGGAGUUCACCCUGACCUCCACCUUCAGAUUAAAGGAGAGGACAUCUGAAGAUGUGUGGAACCUGUUGGAUCUGGAGUCCAGGAAUGGGGUUGAGCAGUUUAGGCUUCGUUUGUAUGGGGAAAUGAAUGCAGUAGAUGUAUACAAUGCAGCUGCAGCUAGUCGGGAUAAGGUAACGACAUUUGAGAACGUGGGGAAGCUGUUUGAUGGCAAAUGGCACAAGCUGUCUCUGAGUGUUCGAAGAGAUCAGGUCACUCUGUAUGUGGACUGCCAGCAAGUUGGAUCUUCUCCUGUGAACCUGUAUGGUUCUCUAAAAACAGAUGGAAUCAGCACCCUAGCUCGCAGGAUUAAAGAUGGUGUCACAGCUAAUGUUGACAUACAGCAACUUGAACUUUCAGCAGAUGCAGGAAGGGCCAAGGAAACUUUAUGCUGUGAAAUGGCUGACGUGAAAGAUGACCGGUGUGCAGAUUUGGGUGAAGACGCCGUAGCGAUCAGUUGUAACUGUCUACCAGGAGAAGCAGGGUUCCCUGGAUUUCCCGGUUCCAAGGGUGAAAAGGGUGUCCAAGGGCCACUAGGCUAUACAGGAAUCCUUGGCCGACAAGGAUCUAAAGGAUCUAGAGGGGCAACAGGAAGAAGAGGUGAUACGGGGCCUAGAGGAGACCCAGGUUUUGAUGGUGAUGAAGGUGCCUCUGGCUAUCCAGGAGAAAUUGGCUUUAUCGGUAUUCCUGGAGAAAAAGGAGUACAAGGCAUACUAGGAACGAAGGGUGAACCUGGUCUUACAGGGCCACAAGGAGAAUCUGGGGAGAAAGGGGAUGAGGGUGGCAUUGGCAAGAUUGGUGCUAAGGGCAUUGAUGGACCUCGUGGUGAAAAGGGAUCUCGUGGGAAUCCAGGAGAACAAGGACCCGAGGGACCAGAAGGACUGAAGGGGGAUAAAGGCGGACCAGGAUUUGUGGGGAGCCAAGGAGAUAGAGGAUAUCUGGGUUAUCUAGGAAUUACAGGAGAUCCAGGAGAGACAGGAAUAAAGGGUAUAACAGGAUUGUCUGGUGAUCCCGGUGAUGGAGGUCGUCAUGGAAAAGAUGGUACUCUUGGUGUACGUGGCAAGGAAGGAUACCAUGGAUCUAUUGGAUCAAAGGGAGACAAAGGAGACCGAGGACAACCAGGUCCACCUGGCACUGAAGGAACACUGGGUCCUAAGGGUGCAAAGGGCGAUGCAGGAAUCCCUGGCAAAGCUGGUCCACAGGGUAUUCAAGGUCCAAAGGGCUCAAAGGGAGACAUUGGAGAUGAUGGUGUACAGGGAGAAAAAGGCAAACAAGGUGCAAAAGGAAAAACAGGAGCCAAGGGAGAUGCAGGUGACACUGGAGACAAAGGUCAACAAGGAAAGCGGGGACGCCCUGGACCACUAGGUUCUAUGGGAAGAACAGGUGCUCCUGGUUCACCGGGACCUCGAGGCAUUCCAGGUCCAAUUGGAGAUCGUGGGGAAAAAGGUCCUCUUGGGCCUCCUGGACCACUUGGACCCGUCGGAUCUGACAUGCCAGAUAAUUUGGUCUAUGAACUGUGCCGCAAGGUAGUAAUAGAGGCCACAUCAAAUUAUGCAGCCAGUAUUAGAGGAAAAUGUACAAGUGCAUGUCCAACAGCCAAUGCAUCAUUAAUUGGACCUCCUGGCCCACCAGGGGCACUGGGUAAAGCUGGAAAGAAGGGGAAACCAGGGGCUGGAGGAAGUAAUGGAAAACGUGGCCCCCUAGGACCAGUUGGCGUUCCAGGGCAAAAGGGAGCUGAGGGAGACCAAGGUGAAAAGGGUGAGAAAGGAGUAAGAGGAGACCUCGGAACUGGGCUGCCAGGCCCAGAUGGUGUUCAAGGACCAAGGGGCUAUCCAGGAUACCCAGGAGUUGCCAAGGAUGGCAUACCUGGACUCCAAGGUCCUCCUGGCUACACUGGUCCUCAAGGACAGCAGGGGUUUCAAGGCCAAGCAGGCGUUCCAGGAUUCUGUGAAGCCAGGGACUGUGGUAUCAGUGCUCCAUCUAUGCUAGGUGAACAGGGGCUUAGGAAGGUGUUUUGA